AUGUGCACAGGAGCCGAGUGCGAGAAGAGGUGGGAGACCCGUCCGAACGACACCAGAGAGAAGAUCUAUUUCCUCCUUUCAUUUUCCCUCAGGGUACCAUCUCACCUAGCUUGGGCGAUGGCUGCUGGGACCGCCGCCUCCAUCCUCCUGCCCCCCGUGAAGAGCGUGGUGGUCUACAAGAACGGAGACCCCUUCUACAGCGGCCGCAGGUUUGUGGUGAACCAGAGGCAGGUGUCCACCAUGGAGGCUUUCCUGACCGAGGUGACCCAGAGCAUCGGGGCUCCGCUGGCCGUGAGGACCCUGUACACGCCCAGACAGGGCCACCGCGUGUCUGAGCUGCAGGAGCUCAGGACCGGAGCCAAGUACGUGGCAGCUGGAUUUGAACGCUUCAAGAAGAUCGAUUACACCAAUGCUGGGAUAAAGAAGCAGCCAUCCACACGGGAAGAACUCCAGGCUAAAGUUGUUCAAAAACCGAACGUUUCUGCCAAAUGGAGGAAGUUCAUUCCAUUACCCUGCAUCGUACAUGUUUUUCGCAACGGAGAUCUCCUGUGUCCCCCGUUCCGCUUCAUCAUCCCCCGGAACAUGCAGCAGGACUUGGACCAGAUCCUGGGGGUAGUCACUGACAAAGUUAGUCUACGAACUGGCGCUGUACGCAGGUUGUGCUCUUUGGACGGCGUGCCCCUGUCCUCCGCCUCAGAACUGGAGACGGGACACUUCUACGUCGCUGUGGGAACGGAGAGAUUCAAGAAACUUCCAUACGUUGAGCUGUUGGUGUCAAAGGCUGUGGAGAGGCAUUACCCGGGGAAGAGGCGGAUGCUCCAGAGGAAUGAGAACAGAAAGGACGUGAAUGGGACAGACGACCAGUGCAGCGACUCGGCCCUUCUGAACUCGCCAGAGUCUGACGGCAGAAGAGUGAGAUCCACAGGAGAUGAAGCCGCGCCCCCACAGGCCUCCCAGCAGAGACACAGAGGCCUGAACCCUGACGACCCAGCAGCGUUUUUCUCCAGACCAGUGAAAGUCCGCAAAAACAGGCCACAUCCACUCACCACUACAGUUCGACACAGUGUGUUUAAAAGAGCCGGAAGGAAGAGGAGAGAGGAGGUGCGAGGAGCAGAGGAGGUGGCCGAGGAUGAGAACACAGCCACGGAGCUUCCAAUCGACCAGAGAGUGGCAGAGACUGUGGAGGAAGAGGAGUCAAUAACCACAGAGCAGAUCAAUGGCGUGUCAUCUCGAACAAACGACAACCAGGAUUAUUUGGAAGAUUCUGAGAAUAAAAUGACUAAAAGCAGAGAUUCCACAAACUACAAACAAACACAGGGUCAAGAGCAGACAGAGACUCGGCCACAAUCAAAGCCUACAUCUCCAGAGAGACUGGGUAGAAUGGAGAAUGAAAAAGCAGAUCAAAAGCACCAGCCGCAGGAUGUUGUGACGAAUGGAGCAGUUGUGGAGUCAUAG